GAGAAUCCAAAGCUCCCUCUCAUUCUCCUCUUCCUCUUCCUCCUCUCUCUCUACUUUGUUCCCUCAUCUCUUCCUAAUUGUAGAGAGAAGAGGACCCAAAAGAGAACGAUAAGUCCCUCCUCCUCCUCCAAAUUCCUACUAUUUUUUUUCAAUUUAAUCCAAUAAAGAUUCGAAAAUGAUGCAAGACCCCUGGAACAUCAACUUACCCACCAGCAUCAGGCCGUCGAAAUCGGCGCCGUGCUCGCCUGUCAAGCCGAUCGCGAGAACGCGGUCCGAAUCGUUCCACGUUACCCACAAAAUCCCCGUCGGCGACACCCCGUACGUCAAGGCGAAAAAAGUUCAGCUCGUCGACAAGGACCCCGAGAAGGCGAUAGCCUUAUUUUGGGCGGCGAUCAACGCGGGCGAUCGCGUCGACAGCGCGCUCAAGGACAUGGCCAUUGUGAUGAAGCAGCAGAAUCGGGCGGAGGAAGCCGUCGAGGCGAUCAAGUCGUUGAGGAACCGGUGUUCGGAUCAGGCCCAAGAGUCCCUCGAUAACAUUCUCUUAGAUUUGUUCAAGAGAUGUGGGAGAUUGGAUGAUCAAAUAGCUCUUCUGAAGCACAAGUUGCAGCUAAUCCAACAAGGUCUCGCCUUUAACGGAAAGCGCACGAAAACCGCGCGGUCGCAAGGGAAAAAGUUUCAAGUCUCAGUAGAGCAAGAAGCUACUAGGCUGCUGGGGAAUUUGGGAUGGGCACUGAUGCAAAAGGAGAACUACGUCGAAGCCGAAUUGGCCUACCGAAAGGCGCUCCUCAUUGGCUCUGACAACAACAAGAAGUGCAAUUUAGGCAUCUGCCUCAUGAAGCAGGGGCGCAUCGCCGAGGCGAAGGAAACCCUGAGGCAGGUGACGCCGGCGGUGAUCGACAGCCUCCGCGGGCCUGACUCCCACCUGAAGGCCUUCGAGCGCGCCCAGGAGAUGCUCCGCGACCUCGAGACCAAGCUCGUGGGCCGCCCGGGGCCGGCGUGGCUCUUCGACACGUCGUUCCUGGGCUCGUCCUCCAUCUGGCAGCCACAGCCCUGCAUCGACUACCUCCUCCCUCCCCGUCCCGCUGCGCAGUUCGCUGACGAGAACAUCACUGCGGCAGCAGCGGCAGCGGAGGUGGCGAAAUUCAGUUCGAUUCAGAACAACACGAUGAUGCUCAACGUGGGCGCACGCCCGUUCUACUCGACGCAGACAAUGAAGGAGAUAAAUGGCGCUCAUGGCCAGUUGAAUGACCCUCUAGGGAACCUUAAGAGGACGCGGUCGGGCAACGGAGCGGAGAAAACGGAGGAAGAGGCGGCGGGGAGGAGGAAGUCGUCAUCGGGGGAGGAUAAGUGGCCGGAAUUGCCGGAUAACACCGCGUUCGAGGAGGCCAUCGUCGCGGCAGCUCUUGCUCCUGUUCUUGAGGAUGAGAAUAGUGAGAACAACAAUAACAAUAACAAUAGCAAUAACAAUAAUACUAAGGAGGGUGAUGGGAAGAGUCCAGCAUUGUGUGAGGGGAAGAUGGGGAAAAGGCUUAGGAUAUUCGAAGAUAUAACUACACAAGCAUUGAAUUGUUUGAAAUAAGAGAGAUAAUAAAAGGGAGAAGGUGAUAGUAAGUAGUAGUAGUAGUAGUAGUAGUGAGGAAUAGUGGAGUUAGGUGUAGGAGUUAAGGAGAUGAACUUGUUCUCCUUUGAACAAAUGAGCAGCAUGGGGAGGGGGGAGUGUGUUCUUGUGCAAUUUUUCUUAAUUUUUUCAUUAUGAUCUUGUUCUAACUGUUACUUAACACAUGUAAUAACCACUUGACUAUUAUUCUUCUUCAAUGAUAAAGAAUUCAGUUUUCCUUUUCCA